UCCCAACGUAGAGUUUUUGAUAGAGGGAGAUGGAUACCAGCAACAGUCCGUUGUUCCUUCCGCUCUCUUUCCUUCUGUUCGCCAUUACUUGCACCGUUAACUCCUGCCCGCCGUCAGACCGGGCAGCCCUCCUCGCCUUCAAAUCUGCCCUGACCGAGCCCUACCUCAAUCUCUUCGCCUCCUGGUCAGGCCCCGACUGCUGCCACAACUGGUACGGCGUUAGCUGCGACCCCACCAAUUCCCGUGUCGCCGAUCUCAACCUCCGCGGCGAGUCCGAAGACCCCAUCCUCCAGAAAUCCGGCCGAUCCGGCUUCAUGUCCGGCCAUAUAUCACCGUCCAUCUGCCACCUCGACCGCCUCACCACCAUCAUCAUUGCUGACUGGAAGAACAUCUCCGGCCCCAUCCCUCCCUGCAUCUCCUCCCUCCCCCUCCUCCGCAUCCUCGAACUCAUCGGCAACCGACUCUCCGGCACCAUACCCCCCGGCAUCGGCAAGCUUAAACACCUCGCCGUCCUCAACCUCGCCGACAACCAGAUCUCCGGCAUCAUCCCUCGCUCCAUCGCCAACCUCGCCGCCCUCAAGCAUCUCGACCUCAGGAACAACCGGAUCUCCGGCCCGAUCCCGCCCAACUUCGGCAACCUCAAGAUGCUCAGCCGAGCGCUCCUUGGCCGCAAUCUCGUCUCCGGCCAGAUCCCCCCGUCGAUUGCUGGCAUGUACCGGCUCGCUGACCUCGACCUGUCGGUUAACCGGAUCUCCGGAUCUAUCCCGGCGUGGAUCGGUAGGAUGCCAGUGCUGUCAUCGCUGUACCUCGACCAGAAUCUCAUCUCCGGCCGGAUUCCGGCGAGCUUGGUGGGGAGCCGGGGGCUGAGUAUCCUAAACCUGAGCCGGAAUGCGCUGGAUGGGAGCAUUCCGAACGUUUUCGGGCAACAAUCUUACUUCAUGGAGCUUGAUCUGGCCUAUAAUAAGCUGACGGGCCCCGUCCCGAAAUCUCUGACGACGUCGAUGUACAUCGGCCACCUGGAUCUGAGUUACAACCAUCUCUGCGGGCAAAUUCCGGCAGGAGAGCCGUUCAAUCAUCUGGAAGCAUCGUCCUUCUUCAGCAACGACUGCCUCUGCGGAUCGCCGCUACCGAAAUGCUGAGGUUUCGGUGUCGGAUGAUACCGAAAAGCGCAAUUCAGAUGUUUCUAUGUAGGCGAAAAAAAUGUGAUUUUGUGUGGUUUCUCUACUCUAAACUUGCACUGAUAAUAAUAUACGGCGUUAAAAACAACCUUAAUAUUUAGCUUCUACACCGUUGCAAGGGAAUCCCUGAUCGCUUCGGACACAGCUUGUAAUGAAAUACGUAGAAAAUAAAGCAUGUAAUCAAAUGCACGUGAUGUAUAAAUGUAUAAAUACGGAGGGGGAAAUGGGAAUAUGAAAUUAGUAAA